AUGAAACUACAUAAGAUCAGAAUUAUAGUUGUUGCAACUGCAAUCAUAUCAUUAUUGGUGUGUUUUGGAUUUAUGAUAUGGUAUUUGAGGCAAUAUAAGUUAUCAAAGGAUGCAGAGACUGGGGAUCGGAAUGCCAUUAAGAAAAGGAAGAAAUCGAAGUUAAAGAAGGAUUAUAAAUUACAGAAAAUCGAUGGAUUCCAUAAAACAAAUGAUUAUACGAUCAAUAAGCGGUACAAUAUACCAAUAAACAAAGUAAACAUCCAGAAAAUCGCCAGCAAAUACAAAAGCCGGCUUAUAAAUUACUUUCAGAGAGCAGAAUCAGUGGAAAAGGGCAUUUCUCAAACUAUACAGGACAAGAUGAGUAUGAUCUGCUCUAUAAUAAACGGAAAAGAUGUUUCAGAAUUCAAAUUGCAAUUGAAACAUAUUCUGGAGGAAGACAACUUCUGGCUUUCAGGUUACCACUCAUUUUUCCUACCAGUGUGUUCGUUGGAAAAGAAUUGUGUGGGCUAUAGUGUUGCACCAGAGUUCUUCAUGCUAUGUAAGUCAGAUAAGGCAUAUAUGGAACGAUUGAACACUAUAAAGGAAACAUUGAUCAUAUAUUUAACCAAAGAGUAUGAUCGCGAGGUACUAUUAAGGGCUAUACCAAAUGAAGAUAGUAUAGUACAGAACUAUCAAAUAACUGUGAUGUCAUACGCACAGUUUGGGCUGAGGAAAACGGCUGAUGUGUUACAAAAACACCAGCGGAAGUGGCUAUUGCUUUACGCAAUAGACUAUUAUAGUCUGUAUCGCAAGGAUUAUCGAACAGUCCUGCAGCGAGUACCAGAAUAUAUGAUUGCGUAA